CUGUCCAUCCACCUCCAGGAGGACAGCUCUCAAACCCACGUGCUGAUGAUGAAGGGUGCCCCUGAGAGGAUCUUGGACUUCUGCUCCUCUUUCCUUCUGGACGGGCAAGAGUACCCGAUGGACGACGAGAUGAGGAAAGACUUCCAAAAUGCCUACCUAGAGCUGGGAGGUCUGGGGGAGCGUGUGCUAGGGUUCUGCUUCUUGAAUCUGCCUAGCCACUUCUCCAAGGGAUUCCCCUUUAACACGGAUGAAAUCAACUUCCCCGUGGACAACCUCUGCUUUGUGGGCCUCAUAUCCAUGAUCGACCCUCCCCGUGCUGCAGUACCUGAUGCUGUGAGCAAGUGCCGAGAUGCAGGGAUCAAG